CCGCGUUGGCCUUUACGUGGCACCGAGGAGGAGUCGCUGUUUCCUGUACUGUUACUUGUGAAGCUGUACAUAUACAGCUAAGUCUCCCACUGUUCUCGUGUGUCCCUGACUCUGACCAGCGGUUGCUCUUCUUAACUGAACCGGCCGUCAUCUUUCCGCUGUUAAUCCGGGACUUUGGAGCAACAUGGGCAUAACUCUAUCGAGCGUUUUCCAGCGGCUUUUUGGGAAGAAGCAGAUGAGAAUUCUAAUGGUUGGUUUGGACGCAGCUGGGAAAACGACUAUUCUGUACAAACUAAAGCUUGGAGAGAUCGUCACCACCAUCCCAACUAUUGGUUUUAACGUGGAAACGGUGGAGUACAGAAACAUUUGUUUCACAGUCUGGGAUGUUGGCGGUCAAGACAAGAUCCGUCCUCUGUGGAGACACUACUUCCAAAACACACAGGGUCUGAUCUUUGUGGUCGACAGUAACGACAAAGAAAGAGCAGCGGAGUCGGCAGAUGAGCUCGCCAAGAUGCUCCAAGAGGACGAGUUGAAGGAUGCACUUCUUCUUGUUUUCGCCAACAAACAGGAUCUUCCCAACGCCAUGAGUGUCAGCGAAAUCACAGACAAACUGGGUCUGCAGGGCAUGCGCAAUAGAGAAUGGUAUGUCCAGGCCACCUGCGCUACACAAGGCACGGGUCUUUAUGAGGGUCUGGACUGGCUCUCCAACAGGCUUUCACAACGCUAAAACAGCCCAUGGGACACAGGAAGAGCCACUGUCAACAUGUAGGACAUGUACAACUACAGAAGAAGGAGUCACGUGACCUUUCACAGGACCGUUUCUGUUAUUUCUUUUUUUUUUUUUAUUCUUUGUUUUUUUUCCCCCUUUUUUUUAAAUUAUAAGCCCGUAUUUCACUUUAGGACAAAGUGAUUUCAAGGACUCAGAACUCACCUGCGUUUCAUAGUUCUUACUCUUUGUUUGAUCUGUUCCUUUUUAAUCUGCAUGUUUUAACCAUUUGUUUGUCAGAAGAAGGGGGCGGGGUUUAUGACAGGUGACUUUUACUGUGGAGCAGAGAAAGGCGUAAGGUUGGUGCUUCCACGGUUGACGUCACCUGUCGUGCAUAACUCAUUCCACAAAACCUCGUCAUUCCUUAUUAAUGUGAAAAAGAAAAAAAAACGCAGAAGACGAUAAUGAUGACGCAAUAAAGUUUGCUUGUCUUCAUGUCGCUUUCCCUCUUUGUCACUUUUCUUUUUCAAUAAAAAUGGAUCAGUA